UCUCAGUUAUUUGUGAGUGUUUUUCUUUCUUCAUGUUGGAGAUGGUUGGAGGGUCCUUUCAACCACUUCUAGGGUUCACUUUGCUCUUGCUGUGUGUUAAACCUGGCCUCGGAUCCAGUAUUGGCGAGGGUGAUGCUGAAGUUGGGUGUAUAGGGAGGGAGAGACAAGCUCUCCUGAAGUUUAAACAAGGCAUUGUCGAUGAUUUUGGGAUUCUUUCUUCAUGGGGGAAUGAAGAGGACAAAACAGACUGUUGCAGAUGGGAAGGAGUCCAGUGUAGCAAUCUAACAGGUCAUGUAGUUAUGCUUGAUCUUGGCGCGUAUGGAUUCAAUGAGAGCCGGUAUUUAAGAGGUAAGAUUAGUCAUUCGUUGCUUGGAUUGCAACACUUGCGUCAUUUGGACCUCAGCGGCAACAAUUUCGAAGGGGAGUCUAUGCCUGAAUUCAUUGGUUCCUUCACCAAAAUGAGAUAUCUCAAUCUUUCUUCGUCCCACUUUUUUGGAACUCUUCCCUGUCAACUUGGAAAUCUUUCAAACUUGAAUUCUCUUGAUCUCAGCGGUAAUUCCCGCAUGAGUUCUGAAAAUCUUGACUGGCUUUCACACCUUUCUUCUUUAACACACCUUAACCUGAAUGGCGUUAACCUCAGUAAAGUCAUCCAAUGGCCAGAAGCAAUUACCAAACUUCCUUCUCUCAUUGAACUACACCUAAAAUCUUGUGAUCUUCCUUCUCUAGUCACUCCAUCUCUUUCCCUUGUUAAUUCUUCUGCAUCCCUUGUUCUCCUUGAUCUCUCUUUUAAUCAGCUCCAUACUGCUUCCAUAUACCCCUGGUUGUUCAACUUCAGUAACAGCCUUGUUCAUCUUGACCUCUCUUAUAAUCUUCUACGCGGUUCUCUUCUGGGUGCUUUUGGGAACAUGGUCUCUCUUGCAUAUCUCGAUCUCUCCAAGAAUCGACUGGGAGGUAGGAUUCCAACACAUUUCAGUGGCAGCCUUGUUCAUCUUGAGCUCUCUAACAAUCUGAUACGAGGUUCAAUUCCGGGCACUUUUGGGAAUAUGACCUCUCUGGCAUCUCUUGGUCUCUCUAGGAAUCAUCUUAAAGGCAAGAUUCCAAAAUCUUUUAGUAGUAGCCUUGUUUAUCUUGACCUUUCUCGUAAUCAGAUACAAGGUUCAAUUCCGGACACUUUUGGGAACAUGACCUCUCUUAGAACUCUCAGCCUCUCUUUGAAUCAACUUGAAGGUGAGAUUCCAAAAUCCUUCAACAAUUUAUGUAAGUUACAAACACUCGAGUUGCAUCGAAACAAUCUUGCUGGAGUACUUGCAAAAAACUUGUUGGCUUGUGCAAAUGACACAUUGGAGAUUUUGGAUUUAUCUCAUAACAGAUUUAUUGGAUCACUCCCUGAUUUUAUUGGAUUUUCAUCGUUGACAAGGUUGGAACUUGGAUACAAUCAAUUAAAUGGGACUUUACCUGAAAGUAUGGCACAGCUAUCUCAGCUUCAAGUUUUGAAUAUUCCUUGGAAUUCAUUGCAAGGCACUGUUUCUGAAUCCCACCUCUUUCAUCUCUCCAAAUUGCAACAUUUUGACUUAGCUUUCAACUCCCUGUUGACUUUGAAUUUGAGCUCAGACUGGGUUCCCCAAUUUCAACCCACUCAUAUACUAUUAGCCUCUUGCAAACUGGGACCACGUUUCCCAGGUUGGCUUCGAUCUCAGAAAGGUGUUGGUUGGCUUGAUAUCUCAGGUUCUGGAAUUUCGGAUGUCAUACCCAAUUGGUUUUGGAAUUUCAGUUCCCACUUAUAUCGGUUAAAUAUUUCCAACAAUGAGAUCACUGGAAUUGUGCCGAAUUUGUCAUUAAGAUUUGCUCAUUUUGCUCAAAUGGAUAUGAGUUCGAACCGUUUUGAGGGCUCAAUACCACUGUUUCUUUUUCGAGCUGGAUGGUUGGACUUGUCCAAAAACAUGUUUUCAGGGUCAAUUUCUUUAUUGUGUGCAGUUGGUCGUGGAGCUGUGGCCUAUCUCGACCUCUCAAAUAACCUAUUGUCAGGAGAGCUACCCGACUGUUGGGCACAAUGGAAAGGAAUAGUAGUUCUUAAUUUAGAAGGUAACAAUUUUUCUGGGAAAAUUCCAAAUUCAAUCGGCUCCUUACAAGCAAUUCAAACAUUGCAUUUGCGCAAUAACAAUUUAAUAGGAGAAUUGCCUUUGUCUUUGAAGAAUUGCACAAAUUUAAGGGUUAUUGAUUUGGGAAAAAAUAGCCUGUCAGGAGAAAUACCCUCUUGGAUAGGAAGAAGUCUAUCAAAUUUGAUUAUUCUUAAUUUAAGAUCCAAUAGAUUUACUGGAAGUAUAUCUUUGGAUUUGUGUCAACUCAAAAGAAUUCAAAUAUUAGACCUUUCUAUCAAUAAUAUCUCAGGAAUGAUACCAAGAUGCUUCAGCAAUUUCACUGCUAUGGAUCAGAAGGGGAAUUUAGUCAUUGGAUACAACUAUACAAUCCCUUAUUUCAAAGAGUUGUCACGUCGAAGCUCUUAUAUUGAUGAGCAGUUGCUUCAAUGGAAAGGAAGAGAACUUGAGUACAAGAGAACUCUUGGACUUGUAAAGAGUAUCGAUCUUUCAAGUAACAAACUAGGAGGGGAGAUUCCUAGAGAGGUAACCGAUCUUUUAGAAUUGGUUUCAUUGAAUUUAUCACGAAAUAAUUUGAUAGGAUUAAUCCCUCCUACAAUUGGUCAAUUGAAAGCAUUGGAUGUUCUUGACUUGUCUCGAAAUCAACUUAUAGGUAAAAUUCCUGAUGGUCUUUCUGAAAUAACUCGCCUAAGUGUCUUAGAUCUAUCAAACAACAACUUAUUUGAUAGAAUUCCAUUGGGCACUCAACUACAGAGUUUUAAUUCUUCCACAUACGAGGGAAAUCCUCAACUUUGUGGUCUACCCCUUCUAAAAAAGUGUCCUGGAGAUGAAAUAAGGAAAGAUUCCCCCACCAUUGAAGGGUACAUUCGAGAAGCGGCAAAUGACUUAUGGUUGUGUAUUAGCAUUGUACUUGGAUUCAUAAUAGGAUUUUGGGGAGUCUGUGGCACUUUAAUACUCAAAACCUCAUGGAGAAUUGCGUAUUUUGAAUUUGUGACGAAAGCAAAAGAUUACCUACUAAGGAUUGCACGAAACUAAAUGGACUCCAGCUUGCCUUCCUCUUAUCCGUCUUAGGAGCACUGGGUGUAUUUAAUGAUCAUUGUGGCUGUAAGUUUCUUUGGUUAUGUUUUACUAUGUAAUUGUUUGUUUGGUUUGCGCUAUUAUUCAUUUGGUACUUUAGUUUCCUUUUGGAAUUUCUCGGCUUUGCUGUGCUUUUAUUGUAUAAUAAACCCUCCCUUGGAUGCAGUGGUUUGGUAGUUCUCUUUUAGUUGUUUCCUUGUAGAACUUCUCGGCUUGGUUGUGCUUUUAUUGUAUAAUAAACCCUGCCUUGGAUGCAGUGGUUUGGUAGUUCUCUUUUAGUUGUUUCCUUGUAGAACUUCUCGGCUUG